UCCGCGCCGCGCUCCGCUCCCUCCGCCCCGCUCGCACUGUUUGGGAGCAACCGGCCGAGCCAGCGGCGCCCCGGCCCCGCCAGCGCAGCGCGGACCGGCCGAGCGCACCCAGCCCGGCGCGACCCCCGGCGCUCUCCCUCCCUCCUCGCCAUGUCCCUCAAGCAAGCGGCGGCGGCGGCGCAGCCCGCCGGCAACAACCGCAAGCCCCCCGGCGGCGGCGGCCCCGGCCUCCCGUCAGCCGCGGGGAGGCAGAACAUGGGCAGAGGCCGCAGCAGUGGCAAAGGACCACCUCAGCCUACGAUUUCCUUUGAUGGCAUCUAUGCAAACAUGAGAAUGGUUCACAUACUCACAUCAGUUGUUGGAUCCAAAUGUGAAGUACAGGUGAAAAAUGGUGGUAUAUAUGAAGGAGUUUUUAAAACCUACAGUCCUAAGUGUGAUUUAGUGGUUGAUGCUGCUCAUCGUAAAACUGCAGAAUCCAGUUUGGGGCCAAAACGGGAGGACAUCCUAGAGAGUAUCUUGUUCAAGUCUUCAGACUUUGUUAUGGUGCAUUUUAAGGAUAUGGAUACCAAUUAUGCCAGAAGAGAUGCUUUUACUGAUUCAGCCAUCAGUGCUAAAGUUAAUGGAGAGCACAAGGAAAAGGAUCUGGAACCAUGGGAUGGAGGAGAGAACACGGCUUCCGAGGAGCUGGAGGCACUGGAGACAGAUGUCUCUAAUGGAUGGGAUCCCAAUGACAUGUUUCGUUACAAUGAAGAAAAUUAUGGUGUAGUGUCAACUUAUGACAGCAGUUUAUCUUCUUAUACGGUGCCAUUAGAAAGAGAUAAUUCAGAAGAGUUUUUAAAACGGGAAGCCAGAGCAACUCAAUUAGCAGAGGAAAUUGAAUCAAGUGCCCAAUACAAAGCUCGGGUUGCCUUGGAAAAUGAUGAAAGGACAGAAGAAGAAAAAUAUACUGCUGUUCAGAGAAAUGCUAAUGAAAGAGAAGGACAUGGUGUGAACACUAGAGAAAAUAAAUACAUUCCACCUGGACAGAGGAACAGAGAUGUGCUGUCCUGGGGAAGUGGAAGACAAAACUCACCGAGGAUGGGCCAGUCUGGAUCAGGCCCGCCAAUCUCAAGGUCUGGAUCCCACACUUCAGAAUUCAGCCCUAACUCUGGAGCAGAUCAAAGAGUAGUUAACGGAGGUGUUCCCUGGCCAUCGCCUUGCCCAUCUCCUUCCUCUCGCCCACCUUCUCGCUACCAGUCAGGUCCCAACUCUCUUCCACCUCGGGCAGCCACCCCUACACGGCCGCCCUCCAGGCCCCCCUCGCGGCCCUCCAGGCCCCCGUCUCACCCCUCUGCUCAUGGUUCUCCAGCUCCUGUCUCUACUAUGCCUAAACGCAUGUCUUCAGAAGGGCCUCCACGGAUGUCUCCAAAGGCUCAACGGCACCCUCGAGGUCACAGAGUCUCUACUGGUAGGGGUACAAUUUCAAGUGGCUUAGAAUUUGUAUCUCAUAAUGCACCUGGGGAAGCAUCUACUGCUGCAGUGGCACGAGGCAGCCCUUCAGGUGGGACGUGGUCAUCAGUUGUCAGUGGGGUUCCGAGAUUAUCCCCUAAAACACACAGGCCUAGGUCUCCAAGGCAGAGCAGCACUCCCAUGGGACCAGCUCUGCCUUCUCCUCAGCCUGGUACUAUUCCCACUGAAUCUGUUGCCAUGCCUGUUCCAGCUGCCUCUCCUACACCUGCCAGCCCUGCAUCCAACAGAGCAGUCACCCCUUCCAAUGAAGCUAAAGAUACAAGGCUUCAGGACCAGAGGCAAAAUUCUGCAACUGGAAACAAGGAGAAUAUAAAGCCAAGUGAGACUUCUCCUAGUUUUUCUAAACCUGAAAACAAAGGUGUCUCUCCAAUUGUUUCAGAGCAUAGAAAACAGAUUGAUGAUUUAAAGAAAUUUAAGAAUGACUUUAGGUUACAGUCCAGUUCCUCUUCAGAUGCAGUGGAUCAGCUGCUAAACAAAACCCGAGAAGGUGAAAAAUCAAGAGAUGUAGUUAAAGAAAAGACAGAAUCCACCCCUAAAGAAUCUAUCAUAGAAGCUGGCAGUAACACCAACUCCAAUGGUGGCAGUAGCAAACCCAACAGUCCCAGUAUUUCUCCUUCCAUGAGUAACAGCUCUGAGCAAAAGCGAGGGCCCGAGGUGACCUCCCAAGGUGUACAGACAUCUGGGCCUGGAAAUAAACAAGACAAAGAGGAUAAAGAGGAGAAGAAGGACACUUCUGAGCAAGUUAGAAAAUCAACACUUAAUCCUAAUGCUAAAGAGUUCAACCCUCGAUCUUUUGCUCAACCGAAACCUUCUACUACACCAACCUCCCCUCGUCCUCAAGCUCAGCCCAGCCCCUCCAUGGUGGGGCAUCAGCAGCCAACCCCUGUGUACACUCAGCCUGUUUGUUUUGCACCAAAUAUGAUGUACCCGGUUCCAGUGAGUCCAGGCGUGCAGCCUUUGUAUCCUAUUCCCAUGACGCCCAUGCCAGUGAACCAAGCCAAGACAUAUAGAGCAGGUAAAGUACCAAAUAUGCCCCAGCAGCGGCAAGACCAACACCACCAGAGCACCAUGAUGCAUCCUGCCUCAGCAGCAGGCCCUCCAAUUGUAGCUACUCCACCUGCUUACUCUACACAAUAUGUUGCAUAUAGCCCCCAACAGUUUCCUAAUCAGCCUCUUGUGCAGCAUGUGCCACACUACCAAUCUCAGCAUCCUCAUGUUUAUAGCCCUGUAAUACAGGGCAACGCUAGGAUGAUGGCCCCACCAGCACACGCACAGCCGGGUUUAGUAUCUUCCUCUGCAACACAGUACGGUGCGCAUGAACAGACACAUGCUAUGUAUGUUUCCACUGGCUCACUUGCUCAGCAGUAUGCCCACCCUAAUGCUACCCUGCAUCCGCAUCCUCCGCAUCCUCAGCCUUCUGCCACCCCAACUGGCCAGCAGCAAAGCCAACAUGCUGGAAGCCACCCUGCUCCAAGCCCCGUGCAGCACCACCAGCACCAGGCUGCCCAGGCCCUGCACCUGGCCAACCCCCAGCAGCAGUCGGCGAUUUACCACGCAGGUCUAGCUCCAACCCCUCCUUCCAUGACGCCAGGCUCCAACACGCAGUCUCCACAAAACAAUUUUCCUACAGCACAACAAACAGUCUUCACCAUUCAUCCCUCCCAUGUUCAACCUGCAUAUACCAAUCCGCCACACAUGGCCCAUGUCCCCCAGGCUCAUGUACAGUCAGGAAUGGUUCCUUCUCACCCAACUGCCCAUGCUCCAAUGAUGCUAAUGACGACACAGCCUCCCGGUGGUCCCCAAGCCGCCCUCGCUCAAAGUGCACUACAGCCCAUUCCAGUCUCGACAACAACACAUUUCCCCUAUAUGACCCACCCUUCAGGUGAGGAGUGUGUGCCCGGGAGACCUGCACCCUAACUCAGCCAGGUCGAGGAGUGAGAACUGGGAGAAACCAGAUUUUGGGGAAAAAAAAAAUAUAUAAAUAAUAAAAUUUUAAAAAUAUCAAACAGACCAACCUUAAGAUGUCCUUGUGUUUCGCGGCUGCGCUUCGGCAGCCUAGAGGAGCGUAGGUUUAGCCGGUGAGCUGUACCUAAUUCAGGGAAUAUUCUUGUUUUUUUCUCUAGCUGGAGUAGAGAAAAGGAUAAGUGUGAGACACUGGCACUGUGGGACUUGAGUUUUGCAGGUGUUGCCGUGGAUUUGCCGUGGGGGAUGGACUGUGUGGAGUUUAUAAUGAUCGGAGGUUUGAUUAAAUCUCGAGGACAGGAGUGAAAUGUUGUGUGGGGGUAGGGCUGCUAGGCUGCUGGUAAAGUAAAGUGACAGCUGAAAUCUAAACUUUAAUUCAGAGUAACAUUCUGCAGCUUUUACUUUGGGGGAAAAGCAGGAGUUGUGUGACUUCUUUCCGCUUUAAAUUUAACCUUAUUUAGGCUUCUUUGAUUAUUCAAGUUCAAACAGCCUCUGAACUUCUGUAGUGAUGUAGUUUUACCUGAUGUUUCCUGGGGAAUGUGUGAGCAGAACAAAGCUGCUUUCUGAGGGCUUAGGUAGGGAAAAAGGAAAGGAAAAAAAAAAAAGCAUCCCAAGGACAUCUUGAUUUGCAGGGCUUUGUUUUGUUCUCUAAAAAAAAUAAAAGAAAAAGAAAAAAAAAUAAAAAUAAAAGAAAGUUGAGCUCAGUAGUUGUCCUGUGACCACUUUACUAGCAAACUGUUGUGUGGCUUGCCAAUUUAUUAUUUACAUUUGAACUUUUUUUUUACAGUACAAGCCCACCACCAACAGCAGUUGUAAGGCUCAUCUGGAAUAACUGAAAGGCUGGAUACCUUUUGUAGGCCAAAUACCCUCCUUCUACUGCUUCUGCCAACUGGAAGCACAGAAAACUAGAAUUUCAUUUUAUUUUGUUUAAAAAAAAAAAAAAAAUUUGAUUUCUUGUAACAUCCACUAGGAAUGCUAACAGUUCAUCUUGCAGUGGGAGAGAUUCGGACUGAGUAGAGGCAUUUAGGAACUUGUGGGCUAUUCCAUAAUUCCAUGCACUGUAUCUGAGUCCUGCAAGUGCCCCAACUCUGCUUGCUGAAAACUGGAAGUUAUUUAUUUUUUAAUGACCCUUCAAAGUUAUGAACUCGUCAGCUAGCAAAAGAAGUAACAAGAGUGAUUCUUGCUGCUAUUAUCACUAAAAAUCAAGACUUGGAGAUCCCUUUUACUUCUAACUAAACUUGAAACAGGUUCAGUAAAAAAAAAAAAAAAAUUCUAAUCGUCAAACGGAUGAGUUAUUAUUUAUAAAUCACGUUUGAUGAGAUAAUCACUAUCGUGAGACAGUGAUGUAACUUUUAAGUUAAGAAAACUUUUACUUUGUAGAUAAUAUAAAAUAAAAACUUAAAAAAAAAAAUUAAAAAAUAAAAAAAGUUUUAAAAACUGA